GCCCUGCAGCGCUAUGAUGAAGCACUCUGCAACCGACCCUUGGCCGCCAACGCAGCCACCUCGGCUGCGGUCCAAAGUAUUGCGGAGGUGAUCCGCCAGUUGCUUCAAGAAGAGGCCCCGAAUCUUCCUGGACUCUUCCGUCAAUUGGUCCUGGGCAGCUGCAUUGUGGCACCGCUAUCCACAGCAUGGUUUGGCGCCAUUGAAGCGUGCUUCCGUGCCUGGCCGUCAGGUAGCCUCAGGACCGUUCUUGCCAAGAUGGUCUGUGAACAGACAAUGUUCGCACCGACCAUCAACACCUGCUUCAUGGGAUGCCAGGGCCUCCUAGAAGGGCGGCAACCUUCCGAAGUUUUCCGUGGCAUCCGAGACAACUUCUGGGCCGUGCAGCGAGGCAACAUGUCUGUGUGGAUACCGGUCAACCUCUUUUCGUACAAGUUCGUUCCGCCACGGUUUC